GAGCUGCCACCUUCGAUGUUCUACAUAUUCCCUAUAAAAGUGGGCCGGGUGCCCCACCCCCACCCCACCCCCUUCUGGGAUGAAUGGAGCGAAGCCCUCCAGGAUGGACGGUGCUCCCCAGCAGCUGGAGGAUGCAGGCACCUCUUGCCUGAAGACCCUGGAGGAAAGGACCAGCACUGUGGCCUUCAGCUGCUGUUUUUGCCCCCCAGUCUGUCAUUCCCAGGCCAGAGAUGCUGGGGUUUCCUCCAGCAUGGGUGUUCUGGCAGGCGCCCCCCCGGCGCUGACCCGCUGUCUCACAGGCAGUACUCGAGGGACGCCGAGGGCAGCUGGUUCCGCUCCCUCUUUGUGCACAAGGUGGAUCCCCGCAAGGAUGCCCAUUCCAACCUCCUCUCCAAGAAGGAGACCAGCAACCUCUACAAGAUCCAGUUUCACAACGUGAAGCCAGAGUGCCUGGAUGCCUACAACAGCCUGACAGAGGAGGUGCUGCCCAAGCUCCACUCAGAUGCUGACUACCCCUGUGACCUGGUGGGCAACUGGAACACGUGGUACGGCGAGCAGGACCAGGCAGUGCACCUCUGGCGCUUCUCAGGCGGGUACCCGGCCCUGAUGGAUUGCAUGAACAAGCUCAAACAAAAUAAGGAGUACCUGGACUUCCGCAAGGAGAGGAGCCGGAUGCUGCUGUCCCGCAGGAAUCAGCUGCUUCUGGAGUUCAGCUUCUGGAAUGAGCCCCUGCCCCGCCAGGGACCCAACAUCUAUGAGCUGAGGACCUACAAGCUCAAGCCAGGGACCAUGAUUGAAUGGGGCAACAACUGGGCUCGGGCCAUUAAGUACCGACAGGAGAACCAGGAGGCGGUUGGUGGGUUCUUCUCCCAGAUUGGGGAGCUGUAUGUGGUGCACCAUCUCUGGGCGUACAAGGACCUGCAGUCCCGGGAGGAAACAAGGAACGCGGCCUGGAGGAAGAGGGGCUGGGAUGAGAACGUGUACUACACGGUCCCACUGAUCCGGACCAUGGAGUCGCGGAUAAUGAUUCCCCUGAAGAUCUCGCCCCUGCAGUGAGCGGGGGGAUCUGCGCCAGGGUGUCUGCCUGCACCCAGGGGGGCUCGCUGCCUGCCUGCGGCCCUGCUCUGCUGGGGGUCUCUGCUCCCCAACAGCUCCUGGCUCUCCUUCUCCCCCCUCACCUCAUUUUGGUGUGCCCUGUGGGGUGGGGAGGGUCCACGGGUGGGGAGGGGAAGGGCGGGAGGCCCCCACCCUGCAGCAGGUCCCCAGGUGUGGCUGGGGACAGCACUGCAGCGGGGCUGGGCAGGCUGCAGAGGUUGGGGGGUGUCUUAAUUAUUCCUGACGGGCCCAGUGAGUGCCUUUCCUGCCAAUUAAAUAUUUAAUAUGCCAA